AUGCCGUAUUUCAACUGGCGAAAAUCGUCUGCCGGUUCUCAAAAAGGGUCGUCGGCACCACCAGAAUCAACCUCUAAUGGGCAACCGUCUGCGAGCGUGAUUAUUUCAUCUUCGAAAAGCGGAAAUUCUGCGGACGCAAGUCCGGAGGAAAUAUCCCACUCGCACAGCCCGACCCGGAUGUUUUCCAUGUUUCAUUUUAGCCGACACAAGUCGAGCGGCAGCGCGGCCGGCGGCAAGGCGGGUAUGCGCAGCGAUCAGCGCGAGGAUAUAGGCGCAGAGCGUGAGGAGGUAGGUGCAGAGCCCGGGGAGAUAAGCGCAAAGCAUGAGGAGAGAGGCGGUCCCCUCGACACCUCGGACUGCAUUGAUGGAAGUGCGGAGUCUGGGUCUGUUGACUCGGAGAAAGAGGAGGAGGGUGCGCUGGGUGAUCCGUUGGCGGUUCCGCCUGCAGCAAGCCGCGCUGAGCGUACUGAGCAUGCCGAGCGCAGCCAGCGCGAUGCGCACGAUGCGCCCGACACACAGCGUCAUUCGUCGCGCAAGCACAAAUGGAAGUAUCACAAGAAACUUCAGGAGGCAAAGGGAGAGUACUUUGAUUUUCAGCCGGUGCAGCGCGACGCAUGGUGGCAGCACGAUGGCGCUGCGCCAGCAAACAGGCGGCUGUCGAACAGCUGGUCGCCGAAUAAGCCGGCGGCGGCGCGUGCGCGCGCAGGGUGUGCGCCAUUGCGGCGGUCAUCUGCAUUUGAACCAGCGCACUCGUCGCUUAUCUCGAUUCCCGCACCAUCCAGGCGCAGCCAGUGUGGCGCGCCAACCCCUGGCGCACUGCCGCGCUCCGCAUCAUGCCGAGGCUUCCACCCCGCAUCCCAAAGAAGAUCGUCCUCGUUGCGCAUCCAGGCGCCACAUCUUAUAACUGAAGAUUUCACGUCGCCCGUUUUGGACUCGACAGUCGAAUUAAUAACAAACCAAAAUCUAAACGACGUCGAUGUUGUGCAAUUGGGCUUCCGCAGCCCCUCGUCCGCAUUCAUGCGCUCUGUUGGGCGCAGGCGUAGUACACAGUCAUCUGCGGGAACCGCCGGCGCUGCGGAUAUUACGGGGACGUCGGUGUCGCCUAUAUCGGUACAGUUGGCGCCAGCGCCGGUGCAGGCAGCGCAGCAAGUGGCACCAGUUGGCUCCGCCGGCUCUAACAUGUCCGGAGAAUCGUUCUCCGGGGCGAUCGACUCUGGCCGCAAAAGCAUCAGUUUCUACUCUUAUUCCGAUCUUGUGAACUUUGAGAAAAGCUCAAAGCUCUCACGCGACCUUGUGAUGUCGCCCGCAACAGCGGCAUCGUCCUCGGUGUCGACCGGCGGCGUUUCGGAGUUAAGCGCAGGGGGCAGUGCGGGUGCGGGAGGAAGCGCUGGCGCUGGCGCGUCCAUUCUCGUGCGCCCCGGCCUCUCCCCAGACGGCAAGAUUCGUGCCGUCGGCAUGGCCGGCGCAGUUUCAAGCUCUCUCGGUGCCAUCUCCCCGCCCUCCACCACAGAUGACAAUUGCGAUUUGUUCUCCCUUUCGUCGGAGCCCGAGGAUAAUGUGAAUUCGAUGUCUUCCAACGGUAACGAGGCAACAGACAUUAUUUCGGACUGGGUUCCCUGCGGAAAGCGCACAAGGGACCAGGCAGCCGUCGGCACGCCGUUGGAAACAUGCUUUUCGCGUGGUGCUAAUCUGGAGAGCGGUGGACUUGAUGCGGUUCUCUGCGGGGAGCGCAAAGACUCAGAAAGUGCCGAGGAAACUAAUUUGGAGCGCAAUGAGGCGGUGAACGUUUGUUCAGCCAAGGAUUUGCUUCAACAGCGCUCCAGAGAGCUACAUAAUAGUUUUGGUGGCAAUUAG